UUUGUGCAGAGUCCCGGAACAUGACCGACACCGCAGACGCCGAAACGGCUCCUCCAGCCGCUCCCGCCGCCCAGGUCAAGACUCCCAAGAAGAAGAAGAAGGCGGCUCCCCGGAGCGGAGCAGCCGGUCCCAAGCUGGGCGAGCAGAUCCUCAAGGUUGUGGCGGAUUGCAGCGAUCGCAAGGGGAUGUCGCUGCCCGCCAUCAAGAAGGCGCUGCGCGGCAAAGGGCUGGAUGUGGAUAAACUCGGCUCCCAGAUCAAGCAAAGCAUCAAGAGGAAUGUGAAGAAUGGCUUCCUGGUUCAGGUCAAGGGCACGGGCGCCUCGGGAUCCUUCAAAGUCCCUAAGAACACAGCCCCGGGGAAAGUGGGGAAGAAGGCGAAGGCAGCAGCUGGCAAGAAAUCUCCAGUGAAGAAAGCGGCAGCCAAGAAGGUGACAGCAAAGAAAGCAGCGGCCAAGAAAACUCCAGUCAAGAAAGCAGCAGCCAAGAAAUCCCCAGCCAAGAAAGCAGCAGCCAAGAAAUCCCCAGCCAAGAAAGCAGCAGCCAAGAAAACAGCCAAGCAGUCGGCAACUCCAAAAAAGCCGGCGAAGAAAGCAGCCCCCAAGAAAAAGUCUCCUGCCAAGAAGGUGACGGCCGUCAAAAAAGUGGCCAAAGCCAGGGCCAAGCCCAAAACAAGAUAAACAAAGACA